AUGGAGGUGGCAGUGCUCGGCCAGCCUUUCUGCAUCGGGAUGCUGUAUGACUGCCGCAGUGACUUGCUUAUCCCUGAGGCCAACAAGGAGAACAAGAACAUUAAGUUCCUGACAGUGGGUUUAACUAAUGAGACACAGGAAGGUUCCAGCAUCUACCUUUAUGAAGGUGGAUUUACUGUCAGUGAGAACUUUAAGCCUCCUUCAAAGCCUGAAACUGUGACAGCAGCUGAGAUAAACCACAACAGUGUGAAACUGAAGAUUUCUCUACCCAGAUUUGGAGCAGAGAACAUUACCUCCUACUCUGUUGAGUACUGUUUCAGUGGAGAGGAUGGAUGGCAGCAGAAGACAGAAGCAAAGGCUGAAGAAGUCACAGUGAGAGAUCUGAAGCCAAACAAAGAGAAGUUUAACUUUGGUGAUGAAAGCACGAGGCAGAAUCGCACAAUAAUGCUUCUCGGAGCGACUGGAUCAGGAAAGUCCACUCUGAUUGAUGGAAUGAUCAACUACAUUGUUGGUGUAAACUGGAAGGACAGUUUCAGAUUUAAAUUAAUUAAUGAGGAUCAGUCAAAAUCACAAGCUCACAGUCAGACCUCUGAAGUCACUGUUUACAAAAUCAACCACCAGGAGGGAUUUCAAAUCCCGUUCUCUCUGACCAUUAUUGACACUCCAGGCUUUGGAGAUACAAGAGGCAUAGAAAGAGACAGAGAGAUCGUAGAGCAGAUACAUAAUCUCUUCUCUGAUCAGCAUGGUGUCACUGACAUUGAUGCUGUGUGUUUUGUAGCUGAGGCUUCAUUACCACGACUCACAGCAGCACAGAAAUAUGUGUUUGAUUCAGUGCUCUCAAUCUUUGGCAACAAUGUGGAAGAAAACAUCUGGAUUCUGGUGACAUGUGCAGAUGGUCAGCAUCCUCCAGUUCUUGAGGCGAUCAAUGCUUUAAAAGUCCCAUGUCCUAAAACACAAGAUGGGCUGCCAUAUCACUUCAAUUUCAAUAAUUCAGCCUUGUUUGCACAGAAUGAAUCAUUUGAAAGAGUCAGCAGGAGUGAUGUUGGUAAAGGAGGACGUUUUGAUCAGAUGUUUUGGGAAAUGGGAACAGAAAGCAUGAAGAGAUUUUUUGCUGCUCUAAAUCUCCUAGAAACAAAAAGCUUGACACUUACAAAGGAGGUCCUCACAGAAAGAAAGCAGCUCGAGAUUACAGUUGAGAAUCUGCAGGAGCAGGUGAAACUUCGGUUAGCCAAGAUCGAGGAGAUUAAUGAGACAAGCGAGAGACUUAAAGAACAUCAAGCCGAGAUCAGCAGAAAUGAGAACUUUGAGUUUGAAGUUACUGUCCCAAAAAUUAUUCAAAAGAGUAUUUUGGGCAAAAAAGAGUAUGUCACCAACUGUUCCGAAUGCGGUGUCACCUGUCACUACCCCUGUCAGAUACCAGAUGAUGCAAAGUACAUUGACAUGCUUAUUGAAGGAGAGAAAUAUGAGGGCAAACCAGGCUGGAAGAGACGAGUUCAGUCUCUGAUGGAGAUGAAAGAAAAAGCAGAGCUCAUGGCUAAAACAGAGAAGCGAGAGGAACCCCUUGAUCAUUUAUAA